GUUGAUGACGGUGGCAGACAGCGCAGGGCAGUAUCUGAGUGCUGUAACUGGGAGGAGGAGUGCCUGCUAACAUAAAAUACAUUUCUCCGCCGACCGGCUCUGAAAACACAGAGGAACUAUUAAACCGUCGAAUGACGCGGAGGGACUUUAGAAAACCUGUGAGUUGUUCUCGAGUCGACGCGGGUCCAGAAACGUGUCCAACAUUGUUUUGGAGGCCUGUUGCUAACUACGGGAAAUCCUCGGGCUAGCCCGGUAGUCACCGGGCCGAGAGAGGACCGGGACUGGAGCUCCGUGGGCCGGUGUGAUCGAUCGGGUUGUACCGCAGCUAACUGCUCCGUGUUACCGUCAAACGAAGACGUAACCUCUCCCGCUCCUCGGCGGCGGGUGUAAAUCAACGUAACUCAAGACGGUGUCAGUUUGACAGCUAGCUAACAUUAGCUGUCCUGUGUUUACAAGCUAGUGCAGCCGAGCUCCUCUGAACAAGUAGGUACUCAGGUGUAUUCCUUUCAGGAUUUGCAUAUUUGUCCGCUGCCGCCCUCUGAGAGCCGGUGGCGGGUUGUUGUGAAGUCGUCCAGGCCGACUGAAGGUCGCCAGCUCGGCAGCAGGAUCAGAAGGUCUCCUCUCUAAGGUUAUCACGGCUCCAGGCUGCUUAUCUGCUGCGGUGCAAAGUUUGUUACCCAGUAAGGAUCAGACGCUCGCUCUGUCUCCUCAACUCUUUGACUGUUACAGAAACUUAGACAUAGUUCACGUAUUGAUUUUUGAUAUAAAGACUGACAGAGCUGAUCAGAAAGAACAGACCUGCACUGAGUUGAUCACCUGAGGUAUCUCCACCCAGCUGAGACAGUGUCCCGGAUGAAGGCUCACAGAGAGGUGUGGAUUCUGAUGCUGACAGGACUCCCAGGUGUCACCUGUUCUGCUUGGCAUUGUUAAUCUCACACCAGCAUCCAACAUCUGCUGCAUCUGCCAUCUCGAUCCCCUCUAGAAGGAUCCUCUUCACAACAGACUACCAUGAAUCGUUACCUGCCGGUGGCACGGCAGCACUUCCUGGCUGCUCUGGCCAGCACCAGUGUGGUGGUGAAGAGUAUAAGUGCUGUGGUGGUGCUCCUCUAUCUGCUGUCAUGGGCCGUCGACACUCCGUACGCCCUAGGGGUGACGCCGGGCUACCUCUUUCCACCCAACUUCUGGGUGUGGACACUGGUGACCCACGGGGUGGUGGAGCAGCAUGUCUGGGGGGUGGUGGCCAAUGUUGGGACAGUUAUGGCGUGUGGGCGCCUGCUGGAGCCUCUGUGGGGCGCUCUGGAGCUCCUGAUCUUUUUCGCAGUGGUUAAUGUGUCCGCGGGCCUCCUGGCAGGGCUCUCCUACCUCCUCACCUACGUGGCCACCUUUGACCUGGACUUCCUGUUUGCUGUGCGGGUCCACGGAGCAGCCGGGUUCCUCGGAGGUGUCCUGGUGGCGCUGAAGCAGACCAUGGGGGAUACUACAGUCCUCAGAGUGCCACAGGUGAGGCUCAAAGCAGCGCCAGCUCUGGUCCUCCUCCUCCUGGCCUUACUGCGCCUGUCCGGGCUGCUCGAGAGCUCCGCCCCGCUGGCUGCGUACAGCUACGGCGCCCUGUCCGGCUGGGUCUACCUGCGCUUCUACCAGAGGCACAGCCGCGGCCGCGGGGACAUGUCCGACCACUUUGCCUUUGCAAGUUUCUUCCCUGAGGCGCUGCAGCCGGCCGUGGGGCUGCUGGCGGGACUGGUCCACGCCGCCUUGGUGAAGAUAAAGGUGUGCAGGAAGAUGGUGAAGAGAUACGACGUGGGGGCGCCGUCCUCCAUCACAAUCAGCCUGCCGGGGACAGACCCACAGGACGCCGAGAGGAGGAGACAACUGGCGCUCAAAGCUCUGAACGAGCGUCUAAAGCGCGUGGAGGACCAGUCGGCCUGGCCCAGCAUGGACGACGAGGAAGAUGAGGAUGAGGACGAGGUCAGAACUGACACACAGCCACUCCUACCAGGUGGGCGAGACCCCUCCUCCUCCUCCGCGUUGAGACCAGCGGGGGGACCGGUCGGCGCCUCCCUCACCUCCACCUCCUCAUCCUCGAUGUCACAGAGCGGCGGAGCGACCUCCGCGAGCGGCGCCCAGCACCCGGAGUCCAGCAUCAUCAGCUUCGAGGACGCACCUUCUAGAUCGUAACAAACAGAACGCACGUGUACAGAUGCCCACGCUCCGUUCGGCAUCACUGGCGAGUACUAGCGUUCAGCGUCUUCGGCUAGUAUACUAAUAUAUUCAGUGACAGUGAUUAGUCAUACACUCAGUAUCACACACACCAACACACACAUCUUUGACCAGUUCAUACACACAACCGUGCGCUCACAAACACUCUGUCAAUGUCAUGGUGAAGCCCAGAGAGGCGGAGACUGUACAGUGCUUUCAGUUCAGACGUUUUGGUUGUUCAUGCUCGGUGUAGUUGAGCAGAUCAGACACUUAACUCCUCUUUCUUUCUGCAAACAGAGAACGUCAGUCAGAAAUCCUGUCUUGUCUGGAGCUAAUCCAACUCGCAGAGCUCUGUCCACCGCUUCAUGUCUCUUUCUCUUGGUUUCUAAAUAAAUAACAACAUGGGUGUACAAUAUUCUUUUUGUAAAUCUUUCCCAGAGCAGCCAUACUUGUUCUCUGAUCGCCUGCUACAGGAAAGCGACACAGACUCACGCCGAAGUCUCGAUUCUCGCCGAAAGGCCGACUCCCGGUGCACCGGUUUGAUAAGUGCUAAGAAGGAAAAUGGCUGCAAGUGACACAGGCGUUUGGUUCCAAACAUGUGACAGAGGAAGAAGGAGAAGCAUCAGCUGCUGGACCACAAUAAAGAAGCUGCUGCAGGUCUGACCUGCUGAUGAACUACGAUACAAAACUUCAAGAUUUGAAGAAGUGCCAGGUGAAAGAGUUUUUCCGGACCAGGACCAUUUGCCGCCUGGUGCCUCUCUGGAACAGCAGGCAGAGAAAUGGACUGUGUACCCGUGUUUUGUUUUUGUUUGUUUUUAUUCCCAAGAUUGUCGCUCAGUGAGAACAAUUUGGUAUUUUUAUUUUUUCCGCUUGGUCUGUUCAUCACUAAACAAAAUCAAAAAAACAACCAAACUUUCUGUGCACUAACAAGACGAUGUUCAUGGAAUGACACUCACACACAGAUCUGUGGAUGGUGAUUAUGAUUCCUCUUGUUUUAUAAAUUUUAAGUUAAUUUCAGGCCCGAUCCUGGAGCGUCGACCUGCAUCGUUUACACUUCCACCCUCUAGGAUCUGAAGAAUAGCUCUUCAGUAAUCCGAGUGCAUGAUAUACAGGGAGGUGGUCAGUGUCUGUCAUGGUUUUAUUCGUCAUGUGGCUCCAUUACAAACACAGAGGGGUGAUGAAGUGCAGCAGGAGGGCAGAGAAUAGCCUUGCUGGGUUAACACACACUGCAGGUAUUUAUAGGAUUUAGCUUGUAUCUGUGACGUGUCAGACACUGACUCAUGAGGACAAACGCCUUCAUAGACAGAGGAUGCCUGCAUUGAUCAGCAGUCAGUCUGAUGCAUGUUUCCCAGUCACAUCUUUGCACGUGCAAAACAUCUGUCAUUUCUAAAAGCAUAAAGUCACACAGCUGAGCUGAAUCAUCUUCCUGGCAGGUUGAUGGGCAGCUGAAGUGUUUAAACUCAAACGUUUCAUAAAUUCUAUGCAGAGCAAAAGGUCAGUGAUUCAUUCAUCGUGUACAACAUCAUCACUGCAGAUGUCGCAUCCUGUUAUAGUAACAAUUAAAUCAGUGAAUUCCCAAUUUCCCACCUGUCCCUGUUGAUUAGAGUCAGUUGCAUCGAUUGUUUCCGACGCUGCGAUCACGGCGAUGGAACAUUUUCAAACAUGUGAUCACAAGCUUGAAAAUGUCUUUUUUUAAUUUAAAUGAAAAUUUCCAAGUGGUUAGAAAGUGAAGGGAUGAACCUCUGCUGCUCGUAUUUAACACCGUCCCUCCCCCUUUAAAUGUCACUGACAGUUUUCCUGAGACAACAAGCUCAGUGAAUUAGGCUGCAGAUCGUCCCUGGUCUGACAGCUGUUGUGUCUUUACAGGAAGCCAGUGCCUUUAACUGACAACCUGAGACGACCCCCCCACCACCACCCACCCAAUAAAAAGCCAUUUAGAAAUUGUAUUCACAUUUCUGGAGAAUAGAGCAGUUAAUAUUAGACGGACUCGUCAUCACCGUGGGGUUCUCUCUGAGGUUCUGUGGAAACCAUCAGGCUCAGUGUCUGGAGUUGAAUUUUACUAACGUAAUAUAAUGAAUGAAGAACCAAAGCAUCGAUACAGGAACCCUGAAGUGGCGUCCAGGCGUCUGUCAUGUCUCCAGUUUAGUAAAAUGUGCUGAGAAAACACUGACCUUCUAAACGUCACCACUCUGUUAUUGAAACGUGCUCAUGUUUUAAUCCGGGAGCAUGUCCCAGAUCAAAACAUCAAAUACUGCAAAUUCAGAUUAGAUAUCUCAUGUUUGAGUUUUGACUCAUGAAAUCCAAGCAAUGAGAAGCAGGUGCCUUUCACCUGAUGGAAACGUGUUAUAUAAGGGAAGUGAUAAGCCAUAUUAGUGUGAUGAAACUCUCUGGGUUCUAUCCUGCGUUUCUCCUCGUUCCUUCUGCUCGUUUAUUUCUCUGUGCUCUUACUUUGGCGAGCCGAUGUUUACGUUGGAUGAGCGGGGCCGUUCUUUAAUUAUAGAUGAAUGAAUGAUAGUAUUUACACAGAUGAAUGGACACAGGGAUGAGAGCUGGUUCAGAUCCAGCGUCAGUGAGGAGAAGGCUGAGCUGAAACCUGCUUCCUGCCAUCAAACAUUUACUGAGAGUAAAUACUGACGGUAGCAGAGAGAUCCCAGUUUUAUAUUGUCUCAGACCUUUCACGUGAUAGUUACCACGGAGAUUAUGUUUUUUUUAGCUAAGCUGCUGGCAUCUUAAAAUAAAUAUCAGGGGCCAGUUGCACAAAACACCUUAAGUCUUCUCCACUUAAGUAAUUAAGCUUCCUAAUCUUAGACUUAAAAUUAAGGAGUCACUUAAAGUCAGUAAAAUUGUCACACAAAAGACCUUAGCAACCAAAGUUCCCAGUAAGUAUCAAAAGUUCAAAUCAGUGGUCUCCAUGGAAACAGAAGAAAUUUACUGCUGUAAAAUCUCUUUCAUUGCUGUAAAUUCCUUAACUUUUUUCCUUAUCUAAGGAAACCUUUAAAGAGAUAUUGCGCAACAGCCUUAAGUAACUCCCUCACCUAAGGAGAAAUUAAACCUUAAGUGUCGGACUUAAGUAGAAAACUUAAGGUGUUUUUCGUGCAACCGGCCCCUGCAAUGCAGCAAAACCCAUUCUGACAUGGCCGCCUGUAGAUGAACUGUGACGCUGUGUAACUUCAUCUGUGAAAAAGCGAAGGAACGUUGUCGUUGGGAGUCUGAUGUUUUAGAUUGAGCCUUCAGCCAAUCCUCCGCUCUCCAUUCCUGUUCUCCUCUCCAGUCUUUCUUUUCCUUUUGUUCCGGCUCCAAACAUCGUCACACAGUCGCAUCCUGUCUGUAUGAAUAAUGCCAGUGUACAGUCGGUGUAGUCCGAGGUGAGAGGCUACAGGUGAAGAUAAUGAAGGAUGUCGGUGGUUGUUACGUUGUAGUGGCCAAUGUACAAGCGGUAAAACGCUCUUAUUGCAAUUUGGUGACACAUCUGGUUCAUGUGUGUUUUUCCUGUUCACCAGUAUCUCGUCAUUACCACAGAUUUACCACACACUUGUUUUUUAAGUUUUUUUAAAGUCUCAUUGGUAAAACACUGACUGUGGGGUAACACCAGCGUCCAUGCUUUGUAGAUGAAAGCUGUUUUCCCGCCCUAAAAUGAAGGACAGAUUACAGAUAGUUCUGCUCUGUUUUCACAAUCAACAAUGGUUUUUUCUUUUUAAAGAAAUAGUUUUCACGAGUUUCAUUUCCCUCAUGUCCCUUCUUUUGCACCAACAGAUCUUGUUCACACUAAUGACAGUCUCUCUCUUUUUCUGUACUGUGGCUGUUCCACAGACUUUUCUGUUUUAGCUUUCAGAUAUAUUUCUUUAUCUCUAUAUGAAAUAAAAGACGAUUGUAUGAAAUUAAA